AUGAGCUCCUACUUCGUCAACCCCCUGUUCUCCAAAUACAAAGGCGGCGAGUCCCUGGAACCGGCCUAUUACGACUGCCGGUUCCCUCAGAGCGUGGGCAGAAGCCAUGCGCUGGUGUACGGGCCCGGCGGCUCAGCGCCCGGCUUCCAGCACGCCUCGCACCACGUCCAAGACUUCUUCCACCACGGCACCUCCGGCAUCUCCAACUCGGGCUACCAGCAGAACCCGUGCUCGCUGAGCUGCCACGGAGACGCCUCCAAAUUCUAUGGCUACGAGGCGCUCCCCAGACAGUCCCUUUAUGGGGCUCAGCAAGAGGCGAGCGUGGUGCAAUAUCCCGACUGUAAAUCCUCCGCCAACACUAACAGUAGCGAAGGACAAGGCCACUUAAAUCAGAACUCGUCUCCCAGCCUCAUGUUUCCAUGGAUGAGACCCCACGCUCCUGGGCGGCGCAGCGGACGACAAACUUACAGCCGGUAUCAGACCUUGGAACUAGAGAAGGAGUUUCUCUUUAAUCCUUAUUUGACCAGAAAGCGCCGGAUUGAAGUCUCUCACGCCCUGGGACUGACGGAAAGACAAGUGAAGAUUUGGUUCCAGAAUCGAAGGAUGAAGUGGAAAAAGGAGAACAACAAGGAUAAACUUCCUGGGGCCCGAGAUGAGGAGAAGGUGGAAGAAGAAGGGAAUGAGGAAGAGGAGAAGGAGGAGGAGGAAAAGGAAGAAAAUAAGGACUAAGAAAAAAGAGAAAAUCAGCCCCCCCCACAACUCCCUUGAAGUUUCGUUUUAUGGUAGCAGAUAAAUUGAGAAGUUUACGACUGUCAUUUGCUUUUAUAGAGAAUAGAAUGACACUCACAACUGUAACUACCUGUCAGAUAGUUGCAGCUCUGCUUUUAUUACCUUUGGCCUUCCCCCACUCUUUAUUUGUCUGGGGGUUGGGAGGGGGAACCUGAGACACAGGGAAAAGUUCUGUUCCACUCCAUGCCCAGCACACACUCACUUGUCCCUACUUCCACUUCUGAGCCCUUCCCGAUAAAGCCUAACCCUACACACACACACACACACACACACACACACACACACACACACACCACACACACUUCUCUCCACACUCUUUACACGAUUCUCUGGUAUUUAUUUUAAAAGGGAUUCCCCUGAAGAUGUAGAAGAUGAUUCCUGGCUUUGCUUGUAUGCUGGGAAUUAGAAUACUGGAUUGACUUUUUUUUUUAAAUGAAAA